ACUUUAGUUUCAUUCUGAGAUAUUGAAAUAUGCAGAAUAUUGCGAAUAUGCAGAAUAUGGCGAAGAAUAAUUUCCUCACUGGACUGUUGUUGUGAAUGCUGAUUAUAAUCGACAUUUGUGUUAUUUCUGAGGCAGGAACUGACCUGUAAUUGUUCUGAACAAUUUCUAAGCAGUCUAUGAGGAUCAUAGGAGCUUCAUCAUGAGUAAUUUUGGGGGAGACGGUGAUUCUGAAGUGGACAGGAUCAUGACAGACCGGCCCCCCAGCAGUUAUGGCUCCAUGAUGAGUGAAGAUCACGAAGAUUCAGAUGACUCUGAUGAGCCUCCAGAACAAAUGCCCAAAGUCAGUCUGGAAGCACCAACAGGGGUCAGACUGUAUCGCUCAGAAUCACCAGAGACAGCGAUUACUGAGCGUACACACACAAAUCAGUCUAGUGUACACAAAGAGGGAGUGUUUCUGAACCAACAUACCAGCAUACACAGAGUGGAGGCGCUUGCGCGCCAACAAAGAGAGCCUACAAUGCUGGAGCCAUCUGAGCACCAGUGUGAUGUGAGAACUGACAUAAUAAGAAGAGAGAGGGAAACGGAGGAUGAGAACAAUGACAGACAAACAGAGUUACAUGAGCGUGAAAUAGAGGAGGUUAAUGAGGGAGACAUGCAAGAGGUGCAGAAUAAAGCAGAUGUGCAGGAGAAGAGCAGUCAAAGAGAGAUGGAUGAUUUGGAUGAAAUUGUUGUAGAUUUGGGCUUCUCAGAAUUGGAGCCUCCCCCUCCUCCUCCAGAGGGUGUCGGUUUGCAGUUUCAACACCCGCAUCGCUCCCUCACCCUGCGUCAUGUAUUCACGGCUAUGGUGAAGAGUCUUACUCCACUCAAACAAGGAGAGUUUACUUAUUUUAAGCGUAGUCUGUGCAGCCACGGUAGAUUCAAGCAUGACUAUUCAACGAUUGCUGAAAUUUCUGAUGCUCUGGAUCUUGCUGAUAAAUUGAUUGAGCUCUGUGGAAUGGGAGAAACUCUAUAUGUCACUAUACGAUCACUCGCAAACAUCCAUAAAGUCGAUCUGUCCAAUACUCUAAGGAAGACCUGUAAAAGAGCCUUGUUAAGGUAUGAACUGAGACUGACCCAUGAGAGGCAAUAUUACACUCUUUAUGAAGGCUGUUGUUGGCCGGGUCAGCAGCGGUACAUCAGCGACGUCUACACUGAACCUCUAACAGUCAUCAGAGGCAACACGGACCUUGUCAACACUGAACAUGAGUUCAGAAAGGUACCAUGUACGGUCCAAGAAACUGGGAUCAGGGCCGCUGACAUCUUUCGGCCCCUCCCCAAUGAGGAGAAAACAAUCCGUACUGUCAUGAUGUCCGGCGUUCCUGCUUCUGGACUAACGGUUGCUGUGAAUAAGUUUAUUAUCGAUUGGAUGGAGGGGAACACCAAUCAGGACUUUCAGCUUUUAUUCCCACUCCCAGGUAAGGAGCUACACCUUGGGAAAAAGGGCGACAAGACUUUUCUAGAGAUGGUUGCCAACUUUUUCGUAGAGGCCAAAGACAUCAGAUUCAUAGAGAAGGCCGAUUGCUUGAGUCUCUUCAUCAUUGAUGCUCUAGAUCUUUGUCAUUAUCCGCUAGACUUCCAAAACAAUGAAAACAUUACAAGCGUCCAGACUAAAGCAUCUGUAGACACCCUGAUUACUAGCUUGAUCAAGGGCUCAAUCCUUCCUCAAGCUCGAGUUUGGAUCACCAGUCACAGAACUGCCGCCCACAAAAUUCCCUCGCAGUUUAUUGACAGGUUUGUAGAGUUGAGAGGAUUUACGGAUGAACAGAAGGAGAUCUACUUCACCAAGAGAACCAGCGAGCCCCAACUUGGUAGGAAUGUUUUAAACCACAUGACGCGUUCCAGAGCUCUUAAAAUCAUCUGCCACCUUCCUCUCUUCUGUUGGAUGGUGGCGUACAUCUUCGAACGAUCGCUCCGCGACCCAGAAUUUGGCAAACACCCACCAGGCAUCACAAAUUUCUAUCUGCAGUACGUCCUCAUCCAGAUGAGCAGAUCGUUUGAGAGGUACCGAGGAUCAAGUGUAGAGGCACAUGAAUGGAAGGAUGAAGAUAAGAUGUUUGUGGAGAAGAUGGCGAAGAUGGCAUUUCGGAUGCUUCAAGAGGGACGGGACACAUUCAGCGUGGAGGAUUUGCAUGGCGUGGGUCUGAAAUAUGAAGAUUUGCACUCUCGAGAUGAAAUAACCACAGAGGUCAAACGUACGAGUGAAGACCAGCGGACGUGGCUCUUCAAGUUUGUGCACUAUACCAUCCAGGAGUUCAUGGCGGCGAUGUAUGUAUAUGUGGCGUUCAGGAAACACGGGAAAAAUGUGUUUGAAAAAAAUCCGUUAACCAAGAUGUUAGGCAAGGAUCGUCCCCUGAUCGAGCUGUACCGUCCAACAAUCAACCGUGCACUGAGCUCCCAGAAUGGUCACCUGGACAUUUUUCUGCGGUUCCUGGUCGGAUUAAUGACGCCAGGAACUGAGGAACAUCUACAUGGUUACCUGCUCCAUCACUGCCAUCCAAAACCCAAAAGGACAGAGGAAGUGGUCAAAUACAUCUACAAAAAGAUCAAGGAAAACAUCCAUCCUGAAAGGUGCAGGAACCUGGAAUUGUGUCUGGUGGAGCUGGAAGACGGUAAAAAUGACAGAUGAGAAGAAAAAGGCGGCAAAGUGUUCAAUCUCUUGAGCUGCACCUUGCGUAUAGGCGUAGUGGAUACAUUUGACACUGUGGGACUGUGAAACAAUAAACUAAACAAACAAUGAAAUGGGGUAGUUCCCUCAGAAAUUAAACUUCGGUCAUCUUUUCCAUUUUUACGUUGCGAUAGUAAGUUAAGGAAACAAACACAGCAACAACUCUGGAAUAUCUGGAAAUAAAGAGAUGAAACGAGGAAUAAAAUAGUGAAGUCUUACUCUGCUGCCAUGUUUGUUAUUUACACAAGUGUCACAGGGAAAUUAUGUUGCUGUGGAGAAAGCUUCUUUCAGAUCGAGCCGCAUGUAUCCACAGUUUUCCUGAGCAACCACUGGGCACCGCCAUGAUGAUUCGUAUUGCCUGUUAUGUUUUUCUGGUCUAGAGACGCAAUGUAAAACUAACCAAAAUGAGCGAUCCAGAAGGAGAACAACAACCGUUUAAGUGUUAUUUGGAGUAAACAUUUAUUUCACGCUCAUUUUGUGCAGCGGUUGGCUAUCAUAACAUUUAGAUUAUAUUUACAUUUAUGCAUUUGGCAGACGCUUUUAUCCAAAGCGAUUUACAGAGCCCUUAUUACAGGGACAAUCCAAAGGAGCAACCUGGAGUUAAGUGCCUUGCUCAAGGACACAAUGGUGGUGGCUGUGGGGCUCGAACCAGCAACCUUCUGAUUACCAGUUAUGUGCUUAUUUAACUUGACACAGUGACCUAAAACAGGUGUAGAUUGACGGGUCCUUAAACAAGCCCUCAUAAUAAAUCUCGAACUGACUGACAAAUUCACUUGUGUAAUUGAUUGCUGUGAACUGUAUGUCAAUGAUUGACUUAUGAUCAAUAAUAUGGUAGUAAACAAUACAUUGUAUUCUAAAGCCGCUUUUUGUAUCUUAUCAAUGAUGAACUCUUCUGCACAAGAAUGUAAUGCAUUUUAAUUAUCUGAAUAUCUUGUAUUAUAUAUAUAUAUAUAUAAUUUUUUAAUAUUUAAAGAUAACUACGUAUAAUUAUUUCAUUAUAUAUUGAAUUAUUGUUAUAUGAGGGGCUUUCUAAGCAAAUAUUUGUAUAUGCGAUUAAUCGCGAUUAAUUAAUCGGGACACCAUAUAAUUAAUUUGAUUGACAGCCCUAGUAUUUAUAUACGUACUCAUAUUUCUAUUCGCUUAUUAGAUUUAUUCUAUUAUUUUAUUAUCUCUGUCUUGUUGUUGUAUUGUUUGUGCACUGGAAGCUUCUGUCACCAAGACAAAUUCCUUGUAUGUGUUCGCAAAUAAUUGUCAAUAAAGCUCAUUCUGAUUCUAAAGGAAUAUUCCGGGUUCAACACAAGUGAGCUUUUUAAGCCCAAUCGACAGCAUUUGUGGCAUAAUGUUGAUUACCACAAAAAAUUAUUUCCAACCGUUCCUUGUUUUUUUUGUUUAGGUUAGGUUACAAUGUACAAUGGACGUGAUUGGGGCCCAUUUUUGAGGGUUUUAA